AUGGUUUCCCGCUCCAGCGAAGCCAGUGAGGGGCAGCGGCCCCUCACCCCCUCCAGGACGCCCGGCACACCCAUGAAACCGCGAUUGGCCCGAGUCAACACCAGUCCAACGAAGCGAGACGAGAAACCGAAGGAAGACAACAAAGUGCUGAAGUCGUCGGCGAAGGAUGUCGCAGAGCUCAAGGAUUACCAACUGGGUGAUUGCCUGGGGAAGGGCGCCUUCGGAUCGGUUUAUCGAGCGUUGAACUGGAAUACCGGGGAGACUGUUGCCGUGAAGCAAAUCAAGUUGACGGAUCUUCCAAAGACCGAAUUGCGUGUCAUCAUGCACCCAAACAUUGUUAAGUACCAUGGAUUUGUUAAGUCCGCAGAAACCUUAAACAUUAUCCUGGAAUACUGUGAGAAUGGCUCGCUGCAUUCCAUCGCAAAGAACUUUGGUCGGUUCCCCGAGAACCUUGUCGGUUUGUACAUGUCCCAGGUCCUGCAUGGACUGUUGUAUCUUCAUGAGCAAGGUGUCAUUCAUCGGGAUAUUAAGGGUGCCAACAUCUUGACCACGAAGGAAGGACUUGUCAAACUAGCUGAUUUCGGUGUGGCCAGCCGGACCACGGGGCUGAGCGAGUCAAGCGUGGUCGGAACUCCGUACUGGAUGGCCCCGGAGGUCAUUGAGCUGUCGGGAGCAACAACCGCGUCGGAUAUUUGGAGCUUGGGAUGCACGGUCAUCGAAUUGCUCGAAGGCAAGCCGCCUUACCACAACCUUCAACCAAUGCCCGCUCUGUUCCGCAUUGUCAAUGAUGAUCACCCUCCUCUCCCCCAGGGUGCUUCGCCGGCCGUGAAAGAUUUCCUGAUGCAAUGCUUCCAGAAGGAUCCCAAUCUUCGGGUAUCCGCAAGGAAGCUUCUUAAGCACCCUUGGAUCGUCAAUGCGCGCCGAACUGAUUCGGUCGUUCCUAAAAAAUCAACAGAGUAUGAAGAAGCCGUUAAGAGCGUGCAAGAAUGGAACGAAGCGUUGCGGUCUCCCGGUGCUGGUACCUCGAGAAAGUCUAGCAAGUUUGAUCCCAAUGCGGGGCCAUUGCCUGCUGCUCGUAGCAGUUCUCUCGUGGAUACACUGCCUUCUCCAACGUCCGCCAAAACUGCUGAUCGAUUCCGGUCUCCAUCCUCAAAUGAGGAUGAUAAUUGGGACGACGACUUUGUCACCGCGAUAUCCCCCAGUGCACUACAACUACCUCACUUGAGGCCCCACGACAACUUCGGUGGGAAGCUUUCCUCCGAGAAGCUCAAGGCGUUUGCGUCUCUCGACGGGACUAUGCUUAGAACAGAUGACAGCUUCGAUGAGUUUGACGAUAACUCACGCGAGUCAAUCCAGGCUGAGAAUGAUCCUCUGCAGACAAUCCGACCCUAUCCAGCUAAGGCACCAUCGGCUGAACCCUCCAAGUCUCGCAGCUCUGGAAGACGCCAACCGAGCAAGGUGCAGCAGGCGUCAGCCUUGCAAAAUGUUCCCAUUUUGACUCAAACCCCCGCACCUCCGGUGAGACGAGCUCGUCCAGCGGCUCUUUACAAGGAGAAUUCCGUGGAAGAUUACACGGACCUUAUUAUGGCCAACGAGGAUGUCCUUGAUCGGAAGCUGGGGGUAUUCCAGGAGUUCGACGACGACCCUGCCUCUCCAACUCACGAAAAAGACUGGCUUUUUGAUGAUGAGUUAGCAGGCCAUCAUCCACAGCUGCGAAAGCAGCUCUCCGUGAAACGUGAUCGCUCCACUAUCGAGAUCCAGAGAUUCGCCGAAAAUGAGAGCGAUGAAGACUUCUCCGACAUCCUCGGGGCCGAUCAGGUGGCUCUGGAUAAGCCGGAGAGCGACGAUGGUUCGGAUAAGAGCACACUGAUGCUAAACUCCAAGCUGUCAAACAACUCAUGGCUCGGCGAUCAGGACGAUGACGACGAUCCGUUCGCGCAAUUGGAGGAAGGCUUCGAUGAAAUGGAUCUUGAAGCCAACAUUGCUCGUGACAAGUAUGCCCGUCUCCGGAACCAAGUUGAAGGGCUGGUGGGUUCUCUCAAGACAUCCCAAGAUGAGGAUGUUCUUGCAGAGAUCUCCGAACAGCUUCUCACGAUAUUCUGUGAUCUGCCGGAGACAAAGAAUAUUAUCAUCAGCGCUCACGGCAUGCUGCCUAUUCUGGAGAUUCUCGAUACCUCGCGCCGCCGUGACAUCGUCUUUUGUCUUCUUCGAGUGGUGAAUGCCAUCAUCUAUAACGACUACGAGGUUCAGGAGAACCUCUGCUUCGUUGGUGGCAUUCCCAUUGUCAAUGAGUUCGCAUCGAAGAAGUACCCUCGUGAGAUUCGUUUGGAGGCUGCCGCUUUUGUGCAGCAGAUGUACCAGACGUCGACUCUCACGCUUCAGAUGUUUGUCAGUGCUGGUGGUCUCAAUGUGCUGGUCGAGUUCCUGGAGGAUGACUAUGAAGAUGAGCGGGACCUGGUAUUGAUCGGAGUGAACGGUAUCUGGAGCGUGUUUGAACUACAAGGUUCUACACCCAAGAACGACUUUUGUAGGAUCCUGUCUCGCAACUCUGUGCUGGAUCCUCUGUCUCUCGUCUUGAGUAGAGUCUUGGAUGAGGAAGGAGAACUGGCGGAGGUCAUCGAAGGUCGCAUUGCGAACAUUUUCUUCAUUUUCUCGCAGGCCGAGAAUCAUGUGAAGGAGAUGGUGGCAGAGCGAACUGUCUUGCAUCGGGUCCUGAAAGAACUUCGACGAAUGUCGCCCGUCCACCAGGUGACGAUGUUGAAGUUCAUCAAAAACCUGUCUAUGCUGUCGACUACUCUGGACUCGCUUCAAAACUCCAAUGCUAUUGAUGUGCUCACCGAACUCCUCCAGUCCACCAUGAAACGCAGCCACUUCCGCGAAGUCUCGAACCAAAUCCUCAACACAAUUUACAACAUGUGUCGUCUUAACAAGACCAGGCAAGAGGAUGCCGCGCUGAACGGUAUUGUUCCUUUGCUCCAGAAGAUCGUCAAAACCGAACGGCCCUUGAAAGAGUUUGCCCUGCCCAUUCUCUGCGACAUGGCUCAGUCUGGUAAGGUCGGUCGCCGGGAGUUGUGGCGCAACAAGGGUCUCGCAUUCUACAUCUCUCUUCUUGCAGAUCCAUACUGGCAGGUUACUGCAUUGGAUGCCAUUUUCACAUGGCUCCAAGAAGAAACCGCCAAGGUCGAAGAGCAUCUUUUGGAGAACCGACAUGACAAGAUGUCGUUCACUGAUGCUAUCGUGCGAUGCCUGACACUCUCCAAAGCAAAUGCAUUUGAGAACCUUCUCGAACCCCUGCAGAAGCUUCUGCGAUUGAGUCCCCCCGUGGCAUCAACUCUGGCUCGCGCCGACCUGUUCACCAGGCUGGGGCAGAAGCUCCACCACAACAAAGCCGCUAUCCGACUCAACCUUCUUCGUAUCAUCUCCAGCAUCUGUGAUUCCAGCGAGCAGCAGGGCGGCCUGCUUGCCACGUAUGGUCUGCUAGAUGCAAUCAGGGAACUUGAAAACGAUCCUGCUAUCCUGGUUCGAGACAUGGCCGGGAAGCUGGUUCAAUCCAGCGAGCGGAGCAACAACUCCCUUGGUCUCAUGCGCAGACCUACUAGCCGCCGUAAGAGUACAUCCACCUCGAGUCCUAAUCCGUUUGCCAACUCUACUCCUUCUACUCCUUCGGCAAACCGCACCAGUCAAUCCCGUGCAUUCCUCGAGGGCCGUGAGACACCCCGGCAUCCCCGAAAUGCCCUCAGUCAGUCUUCUCUGGCGCUCCGGCCCGGCAGCCGUGAUGGCAGUACCUCAUCCUUGGGGUCUGCCCUAAAUGGCGGCGCUCCGGCUGCGCGCCCUCGAAUGCCUCGGGGCAUGUCCAAUCGCCUCUCACAAGUUGAGAUGCUACAAGAUGAAGAUAAAGCCCCGAGUUCUCUCAAUCGACGAUCCUCGAUCAUCCCCAGGCGUCGACGCCCUACUAUUGCUGACUCUGAGUGGACGUGA